UGGGAAAAGUCACGUGGUUGGUCGUGUCAUGUGACAACAUGACCCCCCCCCCACCGCCUGUCGACCUCUAUGGAGACUUCCAGUAACCCGGAUGUGACCGCGUUUCAUGAGGAGCUCGAAGAGCAACGUGUCCUAUUGGCGUUGGCGUUCACAUCCGGGUCUUUCCCUACCUGUUGCUGCCCUCCCCCUCCAAGAUGGCGGAGCUGAACCGGCAGUUACAGGAGUACCUCGCUCAGUCUAAGAGUGCCAGCGGCCCCGGCCCAGCGGCCCCGAGCUCCUCGCGGCCGACGCCGGAUGCCGCUGACGCCGGAGCGGGGACGUGGCUGGGCCGGCUGAGCCCCUUCUUCUCAGGCCGCUCCUCCUCCUCGUCCCCGGCGGCCGGCUCGUGGCCCUGGGCGGCCGAGCCGGACCCCUGGCUGCCGGGGCUGUCGCGCUGGCAGCGGCUGGUGGGGAGCGGGCUGUGCCUGGUGCUGGCCGCGCUCUGCUUCGGCCUGGCCGCGCUCUACGCGCCGCUGCUGCUGCUCCGCGCCCGCAAGUUCGCGCUGCUCUGGUCGCUGGGCUCGGCCUUCGCGCUGGGCGCCGCCGGCUUCCUGCGGGGGCCGAGCCGCCUCCUGCGGGAGCCCAGCCGCGGCACCGUCCUCUACCUCGGCGCCUUGGCCGGCACCCUGUACGCGGCGCUCGGCCUGCGCAGCACCCUGCUCACCGCGCUCGGGGCCGCCGCCCAACUUGCUGCCAUCGCCGGCUGCCUGCUCGCCCUGCUGCCCGGGGGCCCCGCCGGCCUGCGCUACCUCGCCAGGCUCCUGGGCGGCUUCGUGCGCCGCCGCGUCUCCAAAACCCUGCCCGUGUGAGGGGCCGAGCAGACCCAGUUGGGGGCUGAGACCAGCGGUCCCCUCCCCAUCCCCAGGACGAAUCUUCGCUGCUGUCCCAUGAGGCCGAUCGCCCGUCCCUGCUGGACAGAUGCGGAGGACACGGCGUCUGGCUGGGUAACAGCCUUUCUGAAUACAGGGCCACAGGCCAUCAGCGUCCCGCCCCUCUAGCGCAGCUUGCACGGCUGCCUCCGGGGUAUGCGGCUCCGAGCCCGUAGCGGGGCGUGGGUGUCCUGCUGCUCGGGGGUAGGGGGUGACUGAGUGACAAAGCCAGUGCGGUUCUCCCUCUCCCCUGUCCUAUUGAAGGCAAGUUCUUCCUGCACAAUCGGUGCGCUGCCGUAAGGGAGGAGGCAGCUGGGAGCUGCGCUCUGUGCAGGCGCCUCCUGAGGACAGGGACCUUUACAAAGAGAUUUGGCUGUAAGUCGGAAGAAGCUACUUGGGAAAGUUCAGGAAAAACGAAUCAAACUUGACAGUUAAUGUGGACAACAAGAGCGAAACCGACCAAAGGAUGGAGUUUUCCUUCUCCAAGAACCAGUGUUGAUGGAGCUAUGGAACAAUUUUUCUCCUUACCUUUGAACAGUGCAACUGAAAUCCUAACGUUGCAUCUAUGACUAUACGUUUUUGUUGUUUUUACUGUAUUCACAUGUAACAUAUAUUGUGCCAUAAUUCCUAGUAUAUGCUUUGCCUUAUCAGUGCAAAAUGAGCUUUGUAGCAGGAUGCUGGAGUCUGUCUCCUGUUCUGGGUGGUAGAUGAAGGAUUACCAGAUUCCUAUAUCAAGUGUAGGAUCACAUGGCUGAAACUCUUACUUUGAAAGUGGCCUGUAAGACUACAGAGCCAAGCAUAGUGUUGGUACUAAACUCUACAUAAACUCUAAUGCUUUGUUAUACUCCUGAGCCUUGCCAGAUUCACUCCAGCUUGGGAUGUGCUGAUGCCAGGUGCCUCAUAGGAAAAUCUGUUUAUAGAUAUCCAUGAAACUUCAAAAAAAAGUUGGGUGUGUGUAUAUAUAGAGCUCCUGGUUUGGAGUUUAUCUUUGGAUGUUUAUUUUUAGCAAUUUGAGUUCUAUGUAGAUGCCCAAAAAUUGGGGGUGGGGGUUGGACCAAAAGUUGGUCCUUCUUUGUAUCUACUGUAACGCAUAAUCUCUUUAUUCUUCCUAGUGUGAUUUAAUGUAAUACUAUUUCAGAUAGUGCUAUCUGAAGUGCACUAAGGAACCUUUUAUGUACCCCAGCAGGGUCUGUGUGGACCUAUUAAUACACAACAUAUGUACUUUAGAAAUCACACAGCUGUAGUCUGCAUUACUGCUGUGUUGAUCAGCCCUUGGACACAAGUUAACCAUAUCCAGUAUUGAUUGGAUAAAUACUGUUGUUUUUUCUUUUUGGAGCAGGGGUUUUAUUGGUUAAAACCAAAAAUCAGAAGCUCUAGCUAUAUUACCACAAAUGUUGUUCCAUGUUUCAUGACAUCUUUAUAUCAGAUUGUAAAGAGUCAAAAUCAAAAACUGUAAUUGCAACCAUCUUCGAUUGGCUUAUAUGGUAGUCCAGUGUAUGUUGACAUACCCAUUCCAUUUAACUGUCUUUUUUAAAACACAAAAAUCAGCUGUGACCUUCAAAAUACUGAAAACAACAUCCUUUAACAAGUAGCAUUCAUAGAGGUCGUGGAUCACAGAAAGUCAUUCUUUGAUAAGCAGAGGCAUACCUCUUUUACAUAGGGAAUUAUGAAAAAAGUGAACGCAUAUCAGAGAUCAUUUAGUUCUUUGCAGUAAGACUUCCAGAAUGGUGCUACAGAAGCUUUUGCCUCUAGAGCUAGUUCCUUGAAGUCCUCACCCAUUGGUUCUAGAAGUUGGGCAGGCACUGCUUAUUUAACAGUGAUGCUUGUAGCCUGACCUUGAGAAAUAGAUUUUUUUGCAAUAUGUCCAGCCUCUACUAGCCAUACUUGAGUAUUCUUAUCAGAUUCUCCUUAGGAAGAAAUGAUCUUAAUCUACUCAUUUAGUAUUUGCACAACUACAGUAAACAAAUGCUUAACUUUAAAAUAGAUGUACAAUAUUUCUAAUAAAAUAUUUUUAUACCAAAAGUAUUAAUCUAGACACUAGCAGGUCUAGUUUUAUUUUUUUUAAACAGCAGCACUGAAUGUUUUCCUGUUUACUUUUAUAGUUUCAUUUGGAUUUAUAUCAGUGUAAUAUCAGAUUAGUGUGACUGCUUCUAAACUAAACCUAGGUUAAAGUUCAUGGGUGAGAUUAAAUUUUUAAAAAAGUAGGCUAAAACAUUUACAGUAAAAGCCUAGUAAAUCUCUCCUCUCUUUGGUAAAAGGUCUUAUAUGGAAAAUGACAAUCCUCCCACCACUGGAGGCUGGCCACAAGAACCUCCAGCCACUAAUCUACUCCGCAGGCUACAGCUGUAUCUGCACUUUUGUAACAGAGACAGUAGAUCUGCACAGAUCUAUUGGGUCACAGCAGAGCAUGGCUCUAAGAGCUAAGGAUGUCCUGGUUCUGCCUCAUGGGCAUUUUCUUCCCCUCCUUCCCCCCAAAAGCAGCAGAGCUGUUGUGGUUCUUCUGCAUUAUGGACUUGAAAAUAUUACCCUAAAGUUAGCAAGUGUUUGUGUACCAAUUGUGAUCACAUCCACAUGGCUUGUCUUAAGGGAGCUCAAAGCUUUAAUUUUGAAUGGUGUGGUUUGGGGAAGGUAAGUUCUCCUAAAAUCCAGUAUUAGGCGGUAAACAGGGUUUUAGGUUAAAGGAGACCUGCAGAGGAAAAACAUAGGUUUGGGUCCUCUUAAUUAUAUAAGAAAUCUUGUUUUUUUAAAACCUCAUUUCUAGUGUGUUUGCCUUUUGUGAGUGAAUGGAGUGAGUUUUUCAGCCCUUAACUAAUGGUAGAAGGGUUGCUGAGUUUCUUUUCUUCCAACUGUUUGAAUUACAAUAUUUAUCUUCCCCCUUAUUACAUCCUAACACAACUAGGAUCUGCCUUAAGCUACAGAAAUUAAUUUACACAGAUAAGCUAGAACCUUCAGCUGAAGUCCCCAUAUAGAAAUUUAACCUUUUCUUUUAAGCAAGAAGCAACUAGCCUGUGUCAAGUCUGGCUCAGAAGAAUCUGCUAAACUGUUCUGUGCAUAUCAUUUCCUUAGGGCUACUUCUCGCUUCAGCCAUAGUAUAAUAAACUUUAUAAGCUAACUACCUUAAA